ACCAUGGCGAAGAAACUCAGUGUUUAGUAAAUAGCGCGAAGUGAACAUAGCAGAAGCCAGUGAAGUAAGAGUGAGUUCAGACGGUCUUUCACGAUGCUGAGGAAAGCAUUGAUCUUGGGCGCCUUGGUUACAUACAUUUCCUGCCAGAGGUUCAACGAAUUCCACUUCGCCGACCCUUUUGCGGAAUCAUGGAACUGGCAUAGUCGACAUAACUUAUUCCCACAGGAACGUGACAUUGAAGAAGUGACUGAAAGAGACCGUGAACCUUUGGGCCCGAAUUACGAAGACCCCAUUCAAUCUGGAACCGAUGAGAAACCGAUACUCCAGCCCAAGCCCCAGAAGCCUUCCUACAAUCCAUCAGUGAUCCCCGGAGGUGUCGUCGAUGUUGAGGCUGGCGUCGGCCCAAGUCCGUUUCCGUCAGGAUUUCCGGCACCGCCAGAAUUUAGUUUCUCCUCCUUUGGAGGCGGGCAGUAUCCUGGGGGUGGCGGCGGGCUACUGGGAUUAGGAGGAUUCUUCGGGUCGCUGUCUGAGGCGAAACCAUGGUGGAAAGGUCCCAACGUGUGUAUCGAGAGAGAAGAAUCCGCCGAUGACGACGACGACGAAGACGAUGUCACAGUAGAAGACCCUCUAGAAUCCAAGAAAAACGAAACGGAGACCCAAACCGAGAAAGUCCCUAACUUCUUCUCGACGGCCAUCAGCCUUUCCAAUUGCCGUCAAUCCGCAAACAAGUACGAAUGUGUCACCAAAAUUAACAACCACGGCGUCGUAAAAACCUUCACGGUUCGUUACAAGUGCUGUUAUGGGUUCCUGCGUACCAAAGGAACCUCAGGUUGUGAGAAACAACUGGAAUUGAAGCCACUCUUGGACACCAUCAACGACCUGGACGCCAAAGUCUUCAGGAGCCUGAUCCAGACCACCGGCUUGGAGGACACCUUCAAGGAUGGCAACUACACGGUGUUCGUGCCGACCGACACGGCUCUGAACGAAUUCAACGAGAAGAUGCUGGAAUUGAAUAAUGUCGAUUUGAGAGGCGAUGCGAAGAACGCUCUUUCUAACAACGACCUGGUACUCAGUCACGCAGUUGCCGGUUUUAUUGACCUAACGGAUUACGCGAACGAAGACAUUAUCUACAGCGAAAACAAAAACAGCUCUAUUAGGAUCAACACGUAUCCGACACAGAACUACGAAAAGAUGGUCACGGUGAACUGCGCACGAAUUACUAAGCCUAACAACUUGGCCAGUAACGGAAUUGCACACUUGAUUGAAGGAGUUGCUGUUCCUGCCACGCAAAGCAUUCAAGACAUUAUCAAGGAACACAAAAAGUUGUCUAAUUUGAGACAGGUUUUGGAGAGCACGGAUUCGUUCAAGAAUUUGAGGGAUAAUGGACACUACACUAUUUUCGCGCCGACUGAUGAGGCCUUCGAUAAGUUGACACCGGCGGUUAAGCAGAAGUUGCUGAGGGGAGAUUCUUGUGCUGUCAGUAUCCUCAAACACCACGUAACUGCCCAUACCGUAUGUUCCGCCGCCAUUAACGGCAACGUCACCACCCACAAUAUCGAAGGCGAAAUCCUCAACCUGGAACGCACCUCAGACGACCAACUCAUCCUCGAAGAAAAAGCGAAAAUCACAGAAGCCGACGUAAUCGCCACCAACGGCGUCAUACACCUAAUCGACACUAUCCUCAUACCGGAUUCGGCUCUCCACAUCAACGCUGCCCUCAAAAACGAGAAUUUGACCAAAUUCAACGACCUCAUCGAGCAAGCGGGAUUCACCGAAGACAUCGACAAUCUCAACAACGCAACAGUGUUCGCUCCAUCGAAUGAAGCUUUCGAGGAUCCCAAGGUUGCAAAACUAUUAGACGAGAUCAAAGGCGACAGAGAGAAGCUAAGAGAUUUGAUCUUGUAUCACACUCUGCCGGGGCAAUUGCAGUCGUGCGAUAUGAACAACAAUGCGGUUCUGAAAACAAACGAUCACGAUAAGGAGUUGAGACUCAACCUCUAUUCUACCCUUCCAUUGUUUACCAAUGUUAUAAACAGAGCAACGAUCAACUGUGCUAGAAUCACUGGGUUCGAUGAAAAAGCUUGCGGGUCGGUGAUCCAUGAAGUCGACAAGGUUCUUUUACCUCCAAGUCAGAACAUUCUUGACCUGAUUCGGGACGAUCCUAAGUACACUACUUUAAGUAGCAUUAUCAAAGAUACUGAAGUCGAGAAAAUCCUGCAAUUGAAUAACCGAUCGGUCACGUUCUUGGCACCAACUGAUGAGACUUUUGCUGCGAUUGAUGAAGCUGAUUUGAAGACAUUGAAGGAAGAUAAGGAAAAAGCUAAUGCUGUCUUGAAGAAUCACAUCUUGACGGAGGUACUUUGCUGUUCGGGUGUAGGACCACAAUCUUGGGGCUUCAGCACAUUGGUACCAACUCUUUCGCGACAACACCAUCAAGUAGGAAGGACCGGAAGUCAUCAGAUUCGUAUCGGUAGGGCUGUAGUGACAAGCUGUGAUAAUUUAGCUACUAAUGGUGUUGUUCACACUGUUAACAAAGUAUUAUUCCCUCAAAGACCCACUUCUCCGAGCUUUGGGGGAUUUUUUUUGUUUGAUAUUUAAUUCGUUUUAAUGUGUAAAAUUAAUAAUGUGUAGGUCUAGAUUAUAUUGCAGAGUGAUAUUUUAAGUUAGGUACGACUGAAGAAUGUACUUUUGCUAUCAAUAUUUUUACAAACGCACUAUGUGACUCUAUUUUACUUAUUUAUAGUAAUUUAUAACAAUAAUCAUGUAGUAGCUGACAUUUAUAAAUAAAAUUACUUCGAAAAA